UUCUGAAAUUUCUAUGACAAAUUUUUUUUUAUUUCAUUCUAAAUCUCAAUUACUUUGUGACAUAUUGGAAUCGAUCAUUUUAACUCAUACUAGAAAAAUUAUGAUUUUUAAAUAAAUAGUUUUCAAAUCUUUGUUAUGGAACAUCAUUUUGAUUUACCCACAGACUCAUUACUAUUCUUAGGCAACAUGAUUAUUUUUUAUUUAAUUAUUCAAUCUUCUUCUUCUUCUCUUCUUCCCACCUUGGUGUGCGGAGUCAGCAACUCGUGUGUCUCGGUCAGGCUGGCAGCGUUCAGAUGAUGAUCCGGUCAAAUUCCUUCUAGUUUUCUUCUUCUUCUUCUUCUUCAACCCUUCAAAAACGGGCACUGCAACAAUCUUGACAAAUCCAUUCCCUCCAUUUCCUUCUUAAAUCCCAACCUCCAUUCUUCUUCCCACCUAAACUCACAUCAUCAAUUUCACACACAACCCGAAAAAAUGGCCACAGAUCCCUUCGACCGUCUCCCCGACGAGCUCCUCCACGCCGUGUUCACCAAAGUAGCCGAAUCCGACGCCAAAUCACUCCUCCGCUGCCUCGCCGUCUGCCGGAGAUUCGCUUCCCUCGCCGUCCAAACCAAUUCCGUCACUCUCUCCCUCCCACCUCUCAACCCCACUCCCUCCUCGUCCUCCAACCUCUUCUUCAGCUUCCUCCGCAAGCUGAUCGCCGCCGUCGCCAAACCCAGCCGUGAUCUCCUCCACCGCCGCCGUAUCCACCGCCACGAUUGCUCCAAAUCAAACGGGGAACCACCCGCCCCUAUUUCCUACCACUCCCCUGCCCGCCUCCUCUGUUCCUUCCCGGAGCUCAAAUCGGUCCACCUCCGGCUGCCUUCCGACGACGCCGACGUCGGCGGCGGAUGCGGGGCGGAAGGGGAUCCGAUUCUGAGGUGGAACGCGGAGUUCGGGAGCCAGAUCAAGAGCUGCGUCAUCCUCGGCGCCACGUCAUUCCGAAGAAGAACAAUUAACAACCUGCAGAACAGAGUAGGAGAAAGAACAGGGGAGCAGCAAGAAGAAGAAGAACGAGAUGAUCAGGGGACUCUGAGCGACGACAAUCUGAAGCUGAGAAUAAUGUGGACGAUUUCCUGCCUGCUUGCUGCCUCCGCAAGGCAUUCUCUCGUGAAGAAGCUUCUGGCCGGGGGAAAAAAUCAGCACUCUGCUCUGGAAAAUGUGAUUCUCAGCGACGUAACGAAACAGGGGAAGGUUACCAUGGGGAAAGAUGAGAUUUUGGAGCUGAGAGACUCUGUAUCGUCGUCUUCGAUGAAUGUUGGCGAUAAUGAUUCGUCGAAUUCGACAAUGGGUAGGAGUCGGGUUCCGGACUUGAGGCUGCGGAUGUGGUACCUGCCGGAGUUGGAGAUGAAGGAAACAGGGUAUUCGAUGACAGGGGCGACUCUGAUCGAAAUCCGGCCUGCGGCCGCCGGCGACGGCGAAGGCAGGGUAGAUGGGCUGAAGUUGGUUGGUGACGUUAAUGGUGAUGAUGAUGGAGAAGUGAGCAAGGCGUGCGGUGAAGCUGUGAGGGAGAUGAUGAAGAUGAAGAGGUGUUACGUCAUCACCAUGAAUUCCUUUUGAUCUUGGCUUGGUUUUCUGUAUAUGAACGAAAUCUGUACAGUCAAUUGGUUCUCUCUAGGGUUUGUCUUGAUGCCUUAUCAGAAUCAGAUUUCACGAAAGGAUGGUUUGGCUGAUACAUUCUGUUAAUCAAAUGAUCACAAAUAAUUUCGACAGCUAUAAAGCUUUAUCGAAGAA